ACUUCCUGCGAGUGGAUCUCUCCCUCUUUCUCUCUCUCUCUCUCUCUUUUGCUCUCUAUCUUCUCUCGUGCGUGUAUAGGUAAAGUGUAGGUGUGCGCGCGUUUCUUUCUCGCUCUCUUUCUCUCUGCUCUCGCGUCUGUCUCCAUCUCGGCUUGAGGAUGGCAGACUCGUCCGCUGGCGAAUAAAAUCGGUGGUGGGCGAUAUGGCGGUGGGGAUGGUGAUAAUCGCGAAAGAAAGGGGGUAAGAGGGAAUUUGCGGAGGGAUGAUGCAUUUCGUGCAUUUUUGCCGCGAUACGAGAGUGCGCGAAAUAGCGAGGCGAAGGAGAGUUAGCGAGUGAUAAGGGAGGGUUUUGUGAUUAAAAAAAAAAAUCGGAAUUUAGAGUGAUAGUUCGAAGUAAGGGUACGCGCGCGGAAAAGAUGGGGAAGAGGGAUUAUAUUUGAGAGAGAGAGAGAGAAAAAAAAAUUGAGAGAGAGAGAACAUCAAUAAUAUCCCAAAGAUCGGGGUAUCUCAAGCGAAAUCUUGAGAUGUAACAGUCUGUGUUUUUUCCCAAAUCUAGAGCGGGGUGCAAAUAUCUUAUAUAAGGUGCAACGUGAAUAAUUCUGUUUCGUCGAAAAAAAAGGAAAAAUUGAAAUGGAAGAGAAAAGCUCAUCCUUGUGCGAAUCGUGAAGAUUGCGAAUAUCAUCGAAAAGAAAUCAAAGUGAUAAAGAAUAGAAAGCAAAGAGAAGAGCAGACUCCUAUAUUUCUUCGCGUGAUCUUCGAGAAGAAAAGAAUCUACGGCGGACCUAAUCGAAAUCGGCAAACAAUAAUGGUGAGGAAAAAAAUAUCGAGUGAAAAUAUCGAGUGUUGGGCCAGACGAGGGUGAGGAGAACCAUAAAGUGAUUUCCAAGUGACAAAAGUAUCGGAGUGCGAUCAAACGGCGAGAUUCUGCUUUUCAGCUCCGGUUCUACCUCCUUCAGCUCGGCUCGUUCCGUUACCACCGAGAGUAUUGAUAUUUCACUGCAAGAGAGAGAGCACACUCUCAAAGACACACAGAGCAAAGUUAACUGGCACAGAAAGUAUGAGAGACGCGUGUCCGUUCUCGACAAAGGAUGCAACCAGGAGCUGAUUCACGGAGCCGCUCGAGUCGUGCGUGCUUUGGGGAGAGAAAAUAAUCAACUGGCGACCGACAAACGCGCGUAGAAUGGAAGCAUGAUUCUGGUAACGCGGGUCCGGCGAACUCGACGAAGAGCCAGAAGAAGAGCGUCCUGAGGUGACGAGGAGGAAACGUCCUGGGGUGGCAUGACGAGAGACUGCGACACGGACAUGGACACCCGCGAGGAUCCGUAUUUAGUCCUCGACGGGGUCGGCGAGGCUCGAAUCCGUUGACUUCAAGUCCUCAUAUCUUCAGCAGGAAAAGCCCAAAACCCCCGCGAUUCGGCGAUGCGUCCGAACGCGACGUACUUCCGUUUAAGUUUACGCGGGAGAUUCAGGUCCACCCGACCAAGGAAAUCACUACGACGAUGUCAUCCGCGAAAUUGAAGUGUCCCAGGCGAGACACGUCACGAGAGAAGACUCGCGAUCCUCGCUGAUAUGUCGUCGCAGGAGGUCAUCGUUUCGAAACGGCAUCGAUCCCCGAGAUCUUCUGUGGCAUGUAUGUGACCCCAACGACGUGGAAAGAGAUUUUCGGCAGUAGAGCCUCGAGAAGACCCGGUACCGAGGGUGGUGCAACCCUGUGCCCCUGGUACGGUACCGUUUCCUGAAGGACGAGGCCGGGUGGUCGCGUGUGCGCGCAGUGUGUGUGAGUGUGUUUGAUCGAAGAAGAAGAAGAAGAAGAGGAGGAAGAAGGAGAAGAGGAAAAAUACACGGGGAACUCAAAGGUAUCUUUCGUGCGGUGAUACCCGCGGCUGAGUGUCUCCUCGAAUCGCUCGAGUUGUUCACCACUCUUCGUGCCAGGUCGCACUUACUUGCGUGUGCAAGGCCAUCUGUGCGAAUCGGUAUCGGAAGAUACCGUCGAACGAUGAGACAACAAUCUGGCGGAGCAUCGUGAGGAAUAGCAAAAGAUUAUACAUACGUCGAUUGUUGGACGAUGACGGACUGGCCGUCGUCGCGGUGGAGAUGACUACCAGGUUAGUGGCUCGUCCCGAAGACGACGACGACGACGACGAGGUCCACAAAGAGGAACCAGACUCGGUUGUGGGCUAUCACUGCCACUGAUAGAGCUGGCAUCCCGUCGCAGCUCACAUCGAUGCCGACCGUCAUAUCCACGAAACGAGGAAUGGGGAGUGUCGGCAGCAACGUGACAGGGACGACGACGACAGAACCGACGACGUUCCUGCCAGAUGCAACGCCGACUCUGAGCGAGCGCGAACAGCUCAAAAUCGAAUUCUACAAAACGUACGACGUCAUGACGGGGGUUCGGAUCGCCGCGACCCUCGGCGGCUUCUUCAGUUUAAUGGUGUUGCUGGUAGUUUACAAGAGCAGGUGCAAAGCGAGCAAACAACUGGAGGACCCGGCAUUAACCGCGGCGGCGGCGGCGGCAGUCGCCGAAGCCGAGGCUGAGGAACGAGCACUCGCCGUCGCUCUCGAAGCAAUCGCCAGGUUACCACCUAGGCCAGGUCGCGGUCCAAGGAGGUCGUUAUGCGUCGAGAUGAACCAGCCUCAUUCACCCGUGGUGGCGCCUCGCUUUGCCUCGGUCGGAGGUGGAUACGACGCCCUGCUGGCACCGCCAAUCAGGCAACCGAGGUUGGCUCCCCCUGUCGAUCACAGAAGAUGUAGCUCGGUCACCUGUAGCAGCACUGGAAGUAGUUAUCUGGAACGAAGGGGUUCAGCCAUGGUGAUGCCGUGCCUUCCGCCACCUCCAUCCUUCCCGCGUCACGCAGCCUAUGAUGAGCCAUGGGACUUAUAUUACCCCAUCGAUAUCCAGGUAAUACAGCCAACUCCGGAUUUAUCGCCGUGCGGUAGCGAGGUCGGUCUAUACGCCGGUGCGGUCGGCAACCUUAUGGCUGGGUCGUCGGGCAGACGGGCGCCUUUGGCGUCGAUGGGCAGCGUGGACCCGCCCGAACCGGACUCCAGGUCGUUCGGCUCCGAUUCUGUGUUCCUUAAGGACGAGGACGAGGAGCACUGCAUCGACACCGAGGACGAGGUCUCGGGCUUCUCCACGGACUCGGACGCGCCCGGGCCGAGUUGUCGGCGUUUCCUACGGGUGCCUUCUAGGAAAAAACGAACCCUCGACAAGUGGGAUGGAUGCACGGGCUGCGUGCCCAGACGACGGACCGGUAGCAAACCCUGCCAAGAGUGCUUGACCAUCAGUGCCGCCGUCGAAACUUCCAGGUCGCAACCAGCCUCGACGACCAGUAGCAGUCAGAGUAGCGUGGAAUCUCCACCGUGUUCACCGCCGAUCGAGCUAAAGCAUAGACCACCACCAGCGCCAUUGUCAUCAAUCCCGCCAAUAUGGUCCCAAGAAACGCUCUUUUAGGACGCGUUUUUCAUAGUGAGCAAUGUCCUUCGACCUGUUUUUACCGGAGCUAAAUGCAGAAUGUCGAUAUUCGAGGAAAUCAUUUGCCCGAAAACGUGAGCCUUAACGCUUCAUCCGAUUCGCCCUACAUAUAUUAUAGUAAUCUCUCUCUUCGAUUCUUUCAUCGUCAUUAAAUGAUAUUUUAAUACGGUGGAAUCCAUCAAACUGUAACGCAACCGAUCGUCGAUAUUAAAUUGUUAGCAAAAUUUCUGAUGGCAAAAUUCAAAACAAGCACUACGCUAUUAGAUAUUAUAAGAGAAGAAAAAAUCAACGAAGAGGAAGCAAGAGAGGAACAUGGGACACGUGGAAGAACGACGGGAAGUAUUUUCGCUCGCGGAGAAAUAUCGGAGAUUUUCGAUAUUACGGCGAGACGAGACUCGUAUCCGGAACCGGAGCAAACCCAUCUUGAGGCGUUCGGGAUCGAAACGAAUUUCACGUCGACUGUAUAGUCGACUCUUCGUGGCAAAUAGUCGGGACAGAUUAUUCGCCGGUUUCCGAAGAAACGCGCCCGCAGCGAGAAGACGCUCGCAAAGCUCUACCCGAGAUUUUACUAUCUGUCGACGUAUCUCUCAGAAACGUCUGUCUACUUUCCAAGACAAGUUGACAGACAAUUGCGUACAAUCAGAUUGAUCUGAAAUGUCAAUUUAAUUACACAGCACAGAUUUAUAUCUGCAAUCGUAUAAUACUUGAUCGCGAUCUUAUUUGCUCGGGAAGAAGAUCAGAUGGUAUUUUAUUAUUUUCCUCAACCAUCAAGCAUUACUUUGAGACACACGUCGGCGCACAUUCGUGAUCCAUUUAACAACGAAAGCAAGCAAAUGCACUUCCUCACUUGGACAUUCCAAUUGGCGUCCGCGAACGCCGAUCGAGAGAAAUCGCAACACAGAAAAAACAGUAUCCUUGAAAGAAUGCAAAUAUGCUUUGAAUC